CCAACGUUCGUACGGCUGGACCCCUUAUUCACAGUUAUAAAGUGGGUGUGUACAACUCGGGUUAGGGUGAAGUCGGCUCAGCAACUGAGAGAGUGGUAGCGAACAAGGGGUUAUUGUGAACGCCUCAGUCUUUCAAUAUAAAGGAUACUUUGAAUAUAAAUCAAUAUGUAAAUGUCUUGUCACUCGUCAGCAAGCUUGAAUGGCGUGAAUCCAUAAACCAACCAAAGGAUAGAAUACCUAAAAUAAUCUGAUGUAGUACAAAGCUUUACACUGACAGGGCAAUACAGUAGACUAGACGUCGAUCCGCGGAUAAAAUUGCAAAAGCAAAAAUCUUCCACGGUUAAUUUUAUACUUCAGGAUUCAAGGAUGGGGGACCUAGAGAGGGCUUACGCCUACCACUCGUUUAUACUGAUCUUCUGCUUCAUUGGUGCAGCCUUGAACUUCGCCUCGAUGUUCGCCAUGCUGUGUAUCACAAAAUUAAGAAAAGGGCGUCAUGUCUUCAUUUUCAACCUGGCUCUUGCCGAUUGUGUUUCGGCCAUCGCGAUGUUCACCGCCAACAUUGUCGACUUUCCAGAGGUUGAAUAUGAAGUAGAAAACCUCUCCGCUUGGAUGGUAUGUCUGUUCACUUUUACUUUGGUCAUAUCAUUACUGAGUACACUCGCCAUUGCCGUCGAACGCCUCAUGAUCUUUCGCGGUAAAAACUACUCUCGUCGAACCUACACGCCCAGACUCUCCAUUGCUAUCUGCGUCAUCGGCUGGGUUGUACUCGCAUUGGUAUUUUUUCUCCUUCAAGCAUUCCACGAGAUCGGGUCACUCACCCUCCUUUAUUGUGUAUCUCCUUGUGUCAUCUUGGGUUGCAUAAUCUUCACAGAUGUAUCCUACUUCCUCAUUUACAAGAAAAUCGGCAAGAUCUCGGACAACGGCAACCCCGAAGACGUAACCCUAGCACGCCGUGCGAAUCGCAACAAGUACGUCAUCGUGACCUUCGCUCUGGUUGUCGCAAGCACAACAGCUUGUUGGGUCAUCAUGUGCAGCGUGCUGUUGGUGGAGUACAUCGCAUUCUUCCAUGGCGCCGUCGAUCCGGACACUGUGGAUUCUGUUUGGUUCAGUGUCAUAGCCGAUUUAGGCAAUGUGUUGGUGUGUAUCAAUAUAAUUCUCAACCCAACCAUUAUCUGGUUGCGUUUACCUGUGUUCAGAAGAGAGCUUCCCGCUUGCUGUAAUAAUCUGGGGUGUCGAAAUACGGGUGAGUCCCAGGACUCAGACCUCGUAUCAUCAGAAUCCCCUACCGCGGGGCAGCCCGCUAUUUCGUUCAUUAACACUGCCAUGUCGGAAUCGGCUCGUGAUAUUAAUCUUAAGAAGUUCUGAUUGCGUAAAUUAAAUGAGCUGAUUGUCAGAACACAAUUUUAUUUUUUAAUUUUUUUGCAGAAGUUUCUGAAUUUUAUUCAUAAAACAAUAACAAAUGAACAAACUUGAUACAAUAACAAUGACAUAAAUUAGUAAAUUUUUGCGUGACAAUCGAAAAAGAUAAAUAAUGUACUAUAAGACUAAAACUACAUAAAUGAAGCGUGUAAAAUAGUAAGUUGGGUAAAAAUGCAGGGGCCAGCUAUAAUAAGCAGGUAACUGCUUGAAACAAUAGCAGCCAUGAGGAAGGGCUACAUGGGAACCGUAAUAGGUUAUAAAUAAAUUUCGAUAAAAUGAUGUCACGAAAUAAAAAGUCUUAAAGUUUAGAUAUUUAGUGGGGAGAGAUAAGAUAAAGUAAAGAAAAGUGCGAGUGAGUGCUAGUGGGUGAGUGCAUGGGAUACAUUUAAGGAUAUUUAGAAAUAAAAAACGUUUUCAAUAAAGCUUUAAAAGAAAUAAGAGACGCGGACUGUUUAAUGUUAUGUGGCAAGGCAUUCCAAAUAUUUGACCAUGGUGGCGUAUUGUCUUAUGAGUGAGCAAUAUUCUGGCAAUGUAAUGUGAAAGUGUACAGAUGCAAAGUUCUUUUUUUAAAGACGAAAUAUCGUUACUAUUCUCGACUUACUACUAUACCCCCAAACAAUGUUGCAGUAAGAUAAUUGGGAUAAGAUGAAUGAAUUGCAAAGCAUAAAUUAAUUUUCUAAAUGCAUUCACAAUGUCAUUCACAUACAUAAAAAAUAACAAGGGACCUAAAAUAGAUCCUUGUGGUACUCCACAUUUCAACUUGCAAAUAUCAGAUGAUUUAGAUUUAAAACAAACAUAAUGGUGCCGAUUGCGUAAUCUUUAAACCAAGCGAGAACCACCCCCCCUAACUCAAUAUUUUAUUAAUUUACAAAGUAAAAUGUGAUGAUCCAUUGUAUCGAAUGCUUUCGAUAAAUCCAUAAUUUUUUCAUGAUAGAAAUGUGAUCAUUUGUAACAGUGAUCAGGUUGUUUAAACCAUGGACCUACUAGUAGGUCCAUGUUUAAACUGACCCAGAAACAGGGUCCAGGCAGCGAAUUAUUAAGUUGAUGGGGACGACCUGGAGUUCGCCUCAUUUUCAUUUUAUAUAGGGCCUAAUGUAAACAGUUUCUUUCAAAGGCCAUAAUUAUAUCCAAAUGAACUGGUGUUAAAAUUCAGCCAAGGUUUCUUCAUUUUCUCCAUUGUUUUUCAAUGUUUCUUUAGCCCCAAAUUCUUAUCGUUAUUAUAUUAAAGUGCUUUUACAAGAGGUACCAAAAUGUUAGGCAUCUUACAAGCAAACAUGGAUAUAAGCCCUUUUGCAAGAACAUGCUCAGUAAACUCAUUAUAAAAUCUUCAUUGUUGUAAAAGUGUAACGAAUGACAAGUCCUAAUAUCCCGCACCAUGCAAGAACGGGGAUAUUUCUUGCCGCACAUAGCAACAUCUAGGCCAACCAGAUUUAUAUUAAAGCAUCGACACUGCGGUUGUACUUUCGUAUUGUAUUGGAUAUUCUCUGCACCAUUUUAAAUCUUCUUUUGGGGGCAAAGAUCUAAGUUUAAGAAAACUUUCAUGAUAAAAAUGUGAUCAUUGGUAACGUGAUCAUUAUGGUUAGUAUGUACUUACUUGUAUCCUCACACGAACAGUGUGUUUCUCUUCAUUGUGGGAACACAUUCCAUCAAGUGUAUAAAAUACAUUUGCCGAAAAAAAAGGUUUUAGAACCGGAACGACUGAUUGUGUUAACGUUCAAUCAGUGUGUGUGUGUGGGUGUGUUUGUAAAGAACUCUAAAUACAUAUUCUAUGUGCUUACAGAAACUUCAUCUGAUUUACUAUCUUUUCAUUCCUGUCUGGUAAGCUAAGAGUUAAAUCCGUUGAAAUUUCCCUUUUCAUUAAGUUGGAGCCUCGCCUAAAAACGAUUUUAGCAUUGUGUAUGUUAACAACGCAUGAAAGCCCUUCGCUCUUUCGACACAAUAGGACUGUAUUAACAUGGGGGGUGUACGAAGACGCUAGAUUUUAAUUAUUGUUGUCGAUUUUUACUUUUGCUCUUACGUUGAUAUAGAAAUUGGUAUGGUUAAACUCGGAGUUUUCCUACCGAAUGACAAAGGAUGUCGUAGUGGUAAUGGUUGUGAAUCAAUACUGCUUCGCCAUGUCGACUGCACAAGAAUGUCCGUUCAUGGAGACACGAAUUAUAUCCGACAAAGACAACUUCUAAAAAAAUGAGCUAUUGUUGGUUAUCCAUGGUGUCUUGAUCUUUACUGCUCAUGAUCAAAUCCCAUCUCGGGCCUGGUGGCCUCAAGUACUAAACUAGAGCUUGCCCUUAAAUUGUUGGUGAGCGGAGCAGCAAGCAAGAGGCCACCAGGCCUCACCUGGCGCAGCUGAAAAUACAAAUAGGUGAUUCAGUUGAAUGUCCACAAUCUUAUAUAUUUGUUGUUACUUAACAUGCUUAAGAUUUAUAUUCUAUCUCUGACAAUAAUAUUGUAAGCGCUGCCACACGUUUGUGUAUAGCGCAUAUAUAAAUAACCAUUAUUAUUAUUAUUAUUAUUAUCAUUAUCAUUAAUAUUAGUAGUAUAGUAGUAGUAGUAGUAUUAAAUCAACUUUUAACCUUACUAUGUCGUCUCAGUAAAUUUGUCCAUUGUAUUUGUGAUUACGAUAUGACGUAGUAUCGACAAUCCUUUGUUUUGCUUGUUCUGUUUUGUUUUUUGCUAUGAGACGCACUGUAUAUUCUGAGAAGGUUGGCAUAUAACUAUGUUCGUUCUGGCCGUGUAAUCAUAUAAACUCCUCAAAAAAAGUUUGGAAAUCUGACUUUGAUCGAUAAUCACUCCUCAGUUCUAGUGAAUAUUAAUGUGUGAUUGAUACCAAUAAAUAUAUCAUUAAUUAUCUUUAAAAUAAUACCCUACAUGAUAUAAUCAUGGUUCACAUGGAGGUGCAGUGCCCCUAAAUAUGGGUCAAGGUCAAAAUUCAAAAGUUGCAAGAUGAAGCAAUAUUGAAAGUCACUGUUCUUUAUUUUGCGUGGUGAUGAAUGAGUUUCUCAGUGGUUUCUCCUGUUUUCAUGCACCUUAACCAUGUUAACAUCAACCAUACACACCUCUGCACAAACAAACACAUAAGAAACAAACAAACA